GUAGUUCUGGUGAUACCAAAUUCUUGGAAGGCGGUGAUGUUCCUAAUAGUGUUUCUGGUUGUAAAGUUGAUCCACGUACAAAAGAAUCGCAUAUGAAAGAAAGAGAAUUAUCGAUAAGGAAAUCUUCCAAUGUAGUAGUUGAAAAAGAUAUAGACCAAAUAAAUGCUUCAGAUAAUUCCAUGGAUAUAGAUAUUGGUGGUUUUGAUAAUGAUAGUUCUAGCAGACAACAUAUUGAUUUAAAUGCACCAGAAACUGGUUAUAAAGAUAAAGAUUUUGAUGCACACAAUAUGGAUAUUAAUGAAGGAUUUUUGUGGAUCGUAUAUUGGAUCUUUAAAUUUCAAGAGAGAAAUCAGUUAUCUGAUACAGCUACCAACGCUCUUAUAAAAUUUAUAAGAUAUGUGUUGAUCUCUAUUGAUGCAAUAUCGUAUUCAGAAUUUCCAACAUCAUUAUAUAAAGCAUGCAAAUUAUUUAUUAUAAAAGAUCAAAUAAUCAAAUAUGCAACUUGCAAAAAAUGUUACAAAUUAUACGCAGUGAGAGAUUUGCCAACUGAUAGACCUUACCGUUGUACAUUUCAAGAUUAUCCGAAUCAUCUGACGGUUAAUUUAAGAUCCAAUUGCAAUAAUAUCAUUACAAAACAGGUAUCUACGAAUGAAGGCUCUUUACAUAGUAGCAAUCAACAUUUAGAGCUAGAAUUACUUAAAAUUGUUCAACGUUAUACUUUACUUAAUGAGCUAUCAACACACGCUAAUGACAAUCAGCAUCUUUUGGAGUACUUGCCUUAUAUUGCUUUUAAAGAAACAGUUGGUAGCCUUGCUGUUAAUGACGAUUUUGAUUUGAAAGAAUAUUUUGAAUUUUUAUCAAUGUCAAAGAAUGUAAAAGAAAAUGUAGGAGUAGGAUCAGAAACCUUUCUGAGGGAACUAAUUAAACCAAUGAAAAAAGUGGCAUUACCACCGAAAGUAUUAGAUUUAUUAGUAAAAUAUUAUCAAAAUGCAUAUGGUUGUUCUUUUGUUGAAUUAUCAAAUAUUCAUAAUUCUUCAUUGGAAUCAAUAAUAGUAUUACCGAAAGUAGACUAUUUUGGUAGAUUACAGAUAGGAGCUGAAGUUAUUAGUUCAACAUUUGUAGCACGACAUGUCCAGUCG